UAAUAUGACAUUGAUUGUCAUUAAUUGUGAAUGUUGAGUUCUCAAUCUCUGUUUUUAUUUUCAUUAAUUGGUGUUUGAAUUCAAGCUUAUAGGCUCGUACAUAACAGAUUAGAGAUUGUAUUUGCCAAUAAUGAAGAAGCGUUUGCAGUAUAGCGUCUGCGUUAUUAUUUGAGUGUUAGAAUUGAGGUUAGAAGUCGUGAUGUUCUGUUGUCUUAGAAUUUGACCCGUUGGUUGUGUUAUUGUUGUUUUAAUAUUAUAAUUUUUUCGAGACCGGCAGAAAUCGCAACAAAUCCAUACUAGUUCAUGGUUUGAAAUCAUCGCCAUUCAGCAAUUAUAAUAACCUUGGUGUAGUAGAUGUGCUUGACAAUGUAGGAAACAUUAAUGGGGAGUUGUGGAAUGAUUAAUUACUGCUAGCAAAAUUAUUCCCAAUUAUUUUUAGAUAAAAACAGGGAUUUGUCCAACUUGAAACUUUAAAAUGUGUUCACAUAGUAUCUUUAUGUUCAAAUUGGUAUCCUUUUAUGUAUAAAUAAACAGUGACUGUGUUUAUGUUAUAAAACGAACUUUCAGUGUACCCUCAGGCGCAAAUGUUUUUAUUGAGUGUCUUCAAGUUUAAGUGUGUUUGUGUACAAUCGUGAUCAUGUCUCAAUCACAUCAAGGACCAACCAGUCCUGGAUCUAGUCAUGUGAGCUCUAAUCCCUAUGUUUUUCCUGCCACUCCUGGAUCAGGAAAAAGCGUUAAAUCGGAAGAGAGAAAAUCAAGAGCAUUGUCCAAUAUAUUGCCAAAAUUACCAUCUAGUGAUUCACUCGCUAAUACACCAGGUGCUCUAAGUUUUGAAAACUUUGACCAUACUGUAGGUGAUAAAGAUCGUUUGCAGACCCCAGAUCCUACUUCCAAGCUCACUAGAAAGGAGUCUUAUAAAGCACAAAGAAAAAAUUAUAGACGAGAAAAAAAGAGAGUAACCAAUGAAUUGUUGAACUCGUUGAAAGAUCCAUCAGUUGUAGUUCUUGCUGAUUGGCUUAAAAUUAGAGGUACUUUGAAGUCAUGGACGAAACUGUGGUGUGUGCUUAAACCGGGACUUUUGGUACUUUACAAAAGUCCUAAGGCAAAAAGCAGUCAUUGGGUUGGGACAAUACUGCUUAAUUCAUGCAAAGUAAUAGAGAGACCCAGUAAAAAAGAUGGCUUUUGUUUCAAACUCUAUAACCCUCUAGAUCAAUCAAUUUGGGCCCCAAGGGGACCAGAAAAUGAAACAAUUGGUGCCGUUGUUCAACCACUUCCCAGCUCUUACUCCAUAUUUAGAGCCCCCUCUCAAGCAUCUGGAAUGUGUUGGUUGGAUGCCUUGGAAAUAUCUAUAAGAAAUAAUACUGCCUUGGUCCGAUCAGUGAGUAAUAAAUCUGGCAGUGCAAAUCACGAAACACAAUGGAACGAAGCAGAUUAUGAGAAACAUUUCCACAAUGAUCUUGAUGAUAUGAGUCAACCUGAGAAUGGAGCUCACUUGAGCACAGGUGACUGUGAGAUGACAGAUUCAGAAUCAGAUAUUUCUGCAAAAGAAGAAGAAAUAGAUGACGAGCCUCCAGAAACUCCUUAUAUUCCAGUUCCUGAGGAAGAAUUUGGUGGAUCUGGUGCACAAGUGGAGGAGCUAGCUGAAGAAAACAAAUCACUCAUAUGGUAUCUGGUUAAACAGGUUAGACCAGGAAUGGACUUGAGCAAAGUUGUUUUACCUACUUUCAUUCUUGAGCCACGUUCGUUCCUAGACAAACUGACAGAUGCCUAUUAUCAUGCUGAUAUAUUAUCAAGUGCUGUUAUGGAGGAUGAUGCUUUCACAAGGAUGAAGUCUAUUGUUCGAUGGUAUUUGUCAGGAUUUUACAAGAAACCGAAGGGUUUGAAGAAACCCUACAAUCCCAUUUUAGGUGAAACGUUUCGGUGCUACUGGCUCAAUCCUAACGGUUCCAAAACGUUCUAUAUAGCCGAACAAGUAUCUCAUCAUCCUCCUAUGUCGGCAUUUUAUGUGUCCAAUAGGCAAGAUGGGUAUUCUAUUAGUGCUAGCAUUCUUGCUAGAUCUAAGUUUUAUGGCAACUCUACAUCAGCCAUUUUGGAUGGCACGGCUGUUUUGACUUUACUGCCACGUGGUGAAGAUUACACAAUGACCAUACCUUAUGCUCACUGUAAAGGAAUAUUAGUAGGGACGCUGACAAUGGAACUUGGUGGCAAAGUAACCAUUGAUUGCGAGAAAACUGGAUAUUAUACCGAAAUCGAAUUUAAAUUGAAGCCAUUCUUGGGUAGAUCCGAUCAAACCAACUGUAUCUCUGGUAAAUUAAAACUGGGAAAUGAAACUUUAGCUACAUUAGAAGGGUAUUGGGAUGGUGUUGUAACAUUGAAAGAUAAAAGAACCGGUGAACAAUCCACCUUGUGGAACCCCACAGAUAAAUUAAGGAAAAGUAGACUCAUGCGUCAUACUGUACCAAUUGAUAAGCAGGAAGAUUUUGAAUCGGAGAGAUUGUGGCAACAUGUUUCAGCUGCAAUUUUAAGGGAAGAUAUGAUUGCCGCUACGGAAGAAAAAACAAUCCUGGAGGAAGCACAAAGAGCUCGUUCCAAAGAACGUAAAGCAAAAUGUGAAGAUUGGUUGCCAAACCAUUUCCAGCAGGAUUUGAAGAGUGGCCGUUGGGUGUACAUGCAUUCUGAUUUGCGACCUUGGGAUCCUCGUAACGAUUUGUAUCAAUACGAAUUCGACUAUGUUAUAUCAACAAGAACGAAACAUUUAACUCCGAUGAUAAGAACCUCAAGUAUUAUUAGUGUGGAUCCUCAGCAGCAAUAUUUACAGGGAGAAACUAGAUCACUCAGUAUGAAAAUAUCUAAAAGGAAAAUACCACAGAAACAGGUCUCUUCAGAUGCUGAUAUAAACGAUAGCGCUACAACUUCCGAGGAAUUUCAUUCUGAUUCAACACAAUCUGUGAAAAAUAUGCCAAAAUCAUCAGGGGUUCUGAUGGCCAUUCAUGACCUUCAAAAAUGCGUUAAAGAUCAAGGAGAGAAAAUAGCAGAGCUUCAAGGUAGUAUAAACAAUAUGCUGGAAAGCUGUCGAUUGAGAAAUGGUCCAACUUAUGUUGAAAUGUUUUUAAUUGUUUUGGUAGCCGGAUGUAUGCAAGCUCUCUUCUUAUAUUUAUCGUAGUAGGUGUUGUUGCAUGACGGAUAGAUGCGUUUUGAAAAUUAUCCUAUUUAAUUUUAACUAACGGAAUUUUUGAAAAAGUUCUAUCUAUCCACAAUACUAUCUUAUUCAGGUAUUUCACAUUAUGGUGAGAGUUUUUACAUCAUUACAAAAAUUAUAUUUAGAAAAUAAUUCAAUAAGCUCUAAAAUAUACCUCUGAGGCUGAUUAGUGUUCAUGAUGAAGGUGAGAUGAAUUUUUAAAAUACAAAUUUUUCAAUACGUGCAGCCAAAUCUUUUGUCUAAGAAUUUAAUUCUGAAUGUUACUCUACAUCAGCGUCCUAUGAGCAAUACUUCAAGAAUAGUCAACAAGAUGUCUUCACUUCUACUAUUGAUCUUCCAAGUUCAUUUUUUGUAUCUAAUGUAAAGAAAUUUGCCCUGAAAAUUGCUGUUGUGUAGAAUUAUGGAGAAAAGUAUAAUUCGAUAUUUAAGAAUUCUGGUAUCAGUAUUAAUCUCAAAUAUUCAAAUUCCAUAUGUUAGUUACUGAAAAAUGUAAUAAUCGAACAAUAUGGGGUUGGAAUUAAAAAUAGUUUCGUUUUGACCAACAGAAUUAUACAAUUCUCAAUUUUAUGCCUAAUAUGUCACAUUGACAUAUACACUCAAAGGGGAAAUUUCAACAUUAUUUUGGAUACUAGAGGAAUAACUUAUAAACUAAAUAAGCACAUGUUUUUCAUCUCAUAUUUGCUUGAACACCAGCCCAAAAUAUUUAAUCACUCUUUUUCAAUUUGAUAUUGAUGAAAGUUUCUUAUCUAAGUUAAACACUAGUCACAAGACAGUUAGUCUUUUUUUUUAAUACUGUACACACAAAAAAUUAAAAAAAAACAUUAGCACAGCACUAUUAUAUAAACAUAAUACGUAAUAAAGGAUGCACAUAAAUAUUCUUGAAAAUAUAUCGAAAUGGAAGUUAUUUCGGUCGAUGUAAUAUUCCUUCAAAUUUUGAAUCUAUUCAACUGUUCCUUUAAUCCUAUAGACAGGUUUAGAUAAGUGAUUGUUUCAAAAUUAGGGAGUGUUAUGAAAGUAGUAAUAUGCAGAAAAACACUAAUCAAAAUUGUUUUAGAAAUGGAUACCUCUUUGAACAACUUCCGAAAAAGGCACACAACUGUAAAUAAUCAGUGUGUUUACACUGCUUCUUUAUUUUAUUGACAAAGUGUGUUGUCUAUUUUCUUCAGGGUUUUCAAACUAACAGUUCAAGGUGUUAGAUUCAUACAAUUCAUUCUGCACCUUUAUUGAGUAUAUACAAUGUUAAAUAAUCUAAUAAGAGCUGGAUAGUCAGGUAUGGUCUUUUAAAAGUUUUAGCAACUUUAAAAGUUGAGGAAUUUUUGCUCAACAAUUAAUAAAUGAAAUAUGUAGGAUUGAUGUUGAAGAAUUUAUGUGUUUUAAGCCCUUUAUUUAUAUGCUAAAUGAUUACCAAGUAGAGACAUACUGUCAAAUUGUGGGAAUCAUUUUUAUUUGGAGAAAAUGUACAAUUUUGAAUUCGAAGCAAAAAUUGGAUACAACCAUUAUGCUCUAUUUUACUGUCUUUUUUAUAAACUGUCCCUGUCCAAAUUUGCUAUAAAUAAGAAUUUUUAUAGUUCCACUUGCAUAAGUGUCUUCCUAAAUCGUUUGGUAUGCGAUUUUGAUUCCUUUUUUGAAUAAAUUUACGUUCCUCUGGUUUCGGCUCAAAUAGGCAAAUAGUAACCGUGGUGGAAUUUGAAUUUGAUGUUUAAACCAAGAAUUGUUUAUUUCUUCUUCAGUUUUUCAUUUGAUUAUGUUUUUGUUUAGAAGUGGGCUUUACUUACUUAACUGUUCAUAUAGGAUACACAAAUUUGCUUCAAGUCAGAAAUUUGGAAGGGAGUAGUCAAGAAAUCCUUUGAUGGAUUUAAAAAUGUAUAGUAAUACUUAUCCAAAUUUUAUAAUUGGUUAUUUGGGUGUAAAAAUAUUUACUCUAAGAUUUGUAUGCCAAAAUUGCCCUUCAAAUUUUUGAGUGUAUUUAUGUAUAAAUUAUGAUUGAAUAUAUUUUGGUAUUUUUGUUUCAAAGCUGUAUUUUGUGAUUUUGUUACUGUGUAAUACAUAGCAUAAAAUUUGUGAUAUUGUAAAUACAUUUUAAUUUUCAAUCUUCAACUUAUGUAAUGAAAACAAGGUCGAAGGAUUAGUCAAUGGAUAUGGUUACAUAUUUUAGCAGUUACGAUUUAUUACUUCGAAAAUAAAUACUGAUAAAUGCU